GACAGAGCUGUCUGUGUUUCUGUCCUUGAAAGCAUGGGCUUCAGGGUGGGACAAGGACUCAUUGAGAGGUUGACGAGGGACUCUCCGAGCUUCAAGGAUGAGCUGGACGUAAUGAAGUUCGUCUGUAAAGACUUCUGGACAAAGGUGUUCAGGAGGCAGGUUGACAACCUCCGGACAAACCAUCAGGGCACCUAUGUUCUGCAGGACAACAAGUUUUCUCUGCUGACUCAGCUCUCCAGUGGAAAACAGUACCUGGAUCAGGCUCCUAAGUACCUUGCUUUUUCCUGUGGCAUUGUGAGAGGAGCUCUGUCUAACCUAGGCAUGGACAGCGUGGUGACGGCGGAGGUCUCUGUUAUGCCAUCCUGUAAGUUCCAGGUGGUGAUCCAAAAGUUUUGACGUGACCCUCUCUGCUACCCUGGUGCUGAUGAACAGGACCCUGUGGGGGUCUGUUAAUCCUAAAGAGAGGAUAGUAGUUCUGUCCUGAUCAACCACAGAGAGAAUCAAACACCACCAUGAUUUUCCACAACUGGGUCAAACAGGACUCGCCAGGUUCUGCUGACAACCAGGUACCCCUGACUGGGCAAAAAAGGGUUAGCCAGGGCUUAUCCUUUACCUGUGGUACUCUGAUACAGAACAAGAUUUGUUUUAUUGCUUUUUUUGGCAUCUUGGUUUUUGAUAGACGUUAUUUUCCAUUGGAGCAAAUUGAAUAAUUAGAAAUAUUGAAGUUCUCAACUUAAGUUUUCACUAAAUAAGCGGCGCCUGGCCUUGACCGAUUGAAAAGAAAUAUUGACUGUCAGUGGCUGUGAAUACAAUAUUGUGAAUAUGAAUGUAUAGUGAAUCACAUGGUAAUGUAGUAUUGUUUGUAAUGUGUUGCAGUGUUAAGUCCCCAGAUCGAGAGGAGAGUGCUUACUAAAAAAAUAUUGAAAAUGAUUAAAAAAAAUCAGCGGAAUUUCAGAUAAGACGUCCUUUGUUUUCCUAUUUAAGGACUAUCAACAGCCAUACGUUGUAGUUUAGCAUCCAUCCAAAUAAUAGCUAGCGAGCCUUUGAAAAUCAUUACAUCUGGCACAUCAGAUUUAUUAUUCAACACUUGUUUCUGUGCGGACACACUGAGCAGCUGUAACCAGCUCCUAGUGCUUUGCUCUGCCUUGUAGCAGAUUGCCUUUAGGAGCUGGGUGUUUCAUGAAUGCUGGUUUAAAUUCAGUCAGUCGGUUAAUUUGAAGGCAAAAUGCCAAUAUAGAAUGAGUCAUUGGUACAGGAGACUUUAGUUUAAUUAUAUGUUAUUAAAUAUUAUAACAGUUUCAAGGCCUGGCUUUUCUACAAAUUUGAAAGUGGCAUCUACCUAGUGAGCAUCAGUCUGUAUUUCUCUAUAGCCAUGUCACAGUUGACCACUCAAAGUGAGCUUAUAGGUUAUUGUUUUUGUACCAAGAUGUACAUUUGUUGUCCUUCGUACAGCAUUGAUAUGUGAACAUAUUGUAUUGAGAUUUACAGUAGCAUACAGUAAAAUGCAAAUGUGAUUAAAUCAUGUUUUUAAGGCUAAUAAUUUCACAUGGAUAUCUGGGUUACAUUUACACCUUGCUUUGUAUAAAAGUCUCCUCAAAUAUGAAUCCUACAAGAGCUGUGAGGCCGUACGUAUGUGCUGUUUAUUUAUUUUAUUUUUUUUUCAUUUUCAACACCACAAAAAGAAGGUCUGUUGAACGAGAACACAACACAAUGAUACCUUGAUUAUGAAAUUCACCUCUCUGGUAGAUGCUGUUGCCUCUUUGUGCCACAAGAGGGCCACAUAAAGCUGUCGUUUUCAUGUUUGUUGCUUUACCAGUUUCCCGAUUCACCAUUUUGGCAAGUUAUGUCCAGUGUCUCCAAUUCAGUUCUAGCUUGUUCUCUCAAACCUCUAGUUUAUCGUUUUCACGUACUCCCAGUGUUUGUCUGGGAGAAAUGAGAACCCAUAGUUGAACUAACUGGGCUAUUCAGUGCCAUGAAAAACGCCCUUGUGUAUUUAUUUGCAUGAUGUUUUGUUUGACAAAAUGACAUUGAAGUUAUUAGAAAUAUUUUGUCACCACAGCGUCUUCCAUUAAUUCUUCAAAUAUUUGUUAUUGAUAUAAUAAUUCAUUCUAUUUUCCAACAUGGUAGUUUAAUUCCUAAGAGAACUGUUUAGUUAUAAUGUUCUUAUGUAAAUAGUGUGUGUUACUUUGCCUUUUCUCCUCUUUAUUACUGCAUAACAACACAUUUCACUGUGUACACCAGCAACAGCAGGUCCAUUUCCCAUCAUCCCUGCUUAAGUUAUUAAUUUUUCUUUCAUGUUGUUGAUCCAUAUCAUGAGCUUGGCAUUAAGAGGUCCUACUGUAUGUGAGCGUACUGCACUUCUGAGAUAUUCACUAUCAAAAGUUUUGUCCCAGAAGGCUUAAACUGUAACUUUUCAAGAGAACCUUUAGUUAGGGUUUACCGUACGCUUACCCAGGCUCAGUCAGAUCCACCAUCAUAUUUGGUAGAAUAUUUUACACUUUAAUGAAAAUCCAGAGGGUUAAUAUCUGUAUUUACAUUUUGCUAUGGCGCCACAUUGACAGUAUUGCAGUCGCUGAUGGACUAUGGUGCUCAGUCUGCUUUUAUUUUUGUCUCUGCUCUAAUAAAGUACCCUUGACUGUGUUCCAGUAUUCCACUGCCAUCAGUGUAAUAGUUUUACAAAAUAAAGGUCGUUACAUGUAACUUUA